AUGUCCGUGCCCGAAAUGCGAGAGACGCGACCCCUCAUCGACUCGGUCCCCGGCCCCUUCGUUCAACCGGCUGCUGGUGAGGUGGAGGAAGUCACUGAACGUACAGCUCUACUGAUCAAGAAGGAAUCCGGUGCGACGCCCAUCAAGAUCCACAACAACAAGGAUGUCCAUUUCCGCAACAUCAGCCAAAAGGAUUUCUGGAUCCUCUUUGGAACCAUCAUCUUCGGCAACACGGUCGCUUUCUUCGACUCGACGUUGAUGGCGUCCGCGCAUCCGAACAUCACGUCCUAUUUCAACGCGUCCAAUUCGGCGUCCUGGCUCAGCACCGUUUUUUACCUCACGUCGACGGUAUCGCAGCCCCUUUACGGCCGGGUGUCGGACACGAUCGGGCGCCGGCCGGUCUACAUCUUCGCCGAAGUAAUGUUCAUGCUGAGCACGAUAUGGUGUGCUUUGGCGGGCGACAUUGGCAGUUUCAUUGCCGCAAGAGCUGUCUGUGGGAUGGGAGCGGGAGGCGUCAUGAGCAUGUCCAACAUCAUAACCUCAGACAUCGUCAAGAUUGAGUAUCGAGGCAUAUACCAAAGCUACUACAACGUCGCCUAUGCUGUGGGAAACGGACUCGGGGCAGCGUUCGGUGGGAUGCUGUGUGACACCAUGGGAUGGCGGUGGGCAUUCGGUAUUCAAGUCCCGUUCAUCGCGGUAUUCGUCGUUGCCUCCUGGUUCGCUACUCCAGACAAUCUAGGUCCGAACCUGGCACAGUCUCAGGGCAGAGGCUUGAGGGAAGCGUUCAAGUCAUUCGACGCCCGAGGCUCCGUCGUCCUAAGUGUCACGGUCACCUGCCUGAUUCUAGGCAUCAACUUGGGUGGAAAUAUUCUGAGCUGGAGUCAUCCGUUCGUCAUCGUAUCCUUGAUUCUGGCUGCCGUGGGGGGAUGCUUGAUGGUUCCAAUCUCCAGACGAGCAGAGCGCCCGGUCCUCCCACUUCAUCUCCUUGCGAAAUCGCCAAACGCGAAUCUCAUGUGGGCGAGCUUCUGCUUCUCGCUAUGCUUGAACUCGGUCUUGUUCAAUGUGCCACUGUUUCUGCAGACCGUGCGUCAAACGAGUGCCACUGUCUCAGGCAUGUAUCUCGUCAUUCCGCUUGUUGGAGUGGCGCUUACCGCCAUUGGGACUGGCUGGUGGAUUGCCAUGACCAGGCGAAUGAUGCCGCCGCUGAUCAUAGGGCAGGUACUCCUUGUCAUUGGCGUCAUUGGAACGACAUGUCUCAACCAACAUCUCCCGGUCUGGGCAAUGCUACUGCUCGUACCCUGGGUCAACAUCGGCCAAGGCUUUUACUUCCCAACCUGUACCAUCGCCACACUUGCGAUGAACUCUCUGGACGACCAAGCUAUCGUUGUCAGCACUCUUGCACUGUUCCGAGCGCUAGGUGCAAUCCACGGUGUGGCCAUCAGCAGCUGGAUACUGCAAAACAUGUUACCGUUCUACCUUGAGCGCAAUGUCAAGGCAGAUGAUCCAGCUAUGAAAGAGAAGAUUGUGCAGGCGGUCAGAAAGUCAGUGGAUGCGAUCCGGUCUCUUGACCCUGUCCACAAAGCACAGGUCGUCCAUUCCUACGCCUUGUCCAUGCGCGUCACCUUUGCAGCCAGCUUCAUCUUCGCCGCAGCGGUCAUCGUACUCACGUGGCCGGUGAAGCUACCCAAAUUGCAGGGCCAAGAUGAGAAGGACUUCGAGGAGGAGCAGGAACACCAGGAUACCGUCGACUACGGUAACCUAGAUGGCUAUGACACCGAGGACGAUGGCGAUGGCGGCGAUUUGGAGGCCCCUCACCCGUUCAAAGCCAUGUCGUUGAGUAGAGAGACCACACGGACACGAUACAGCGUGGAAACAGUCCGCAGACUGAGUCGAGAGAGCAGCAGACAGGCACUGCAGCUGGGCAGGAAAGCGAGCUUCGACACGAGCUUUUGA